CCGCUUCUCCUCUCCACACGCUCACGCUCAAGCUCAGGCGCUGCUGCACUUCCAUGGCCGCCGCCUCCUCCCCGUCUCCACUUCCCUCAUCGCGCCUUUUGCGGACUUUACGGGUGUGCGUGUGCUAGAGUGUGCCGUGUGCAGUAGAGGCGUCUUGAUUUCUUGGUGAAGCGAGGAGUGGUGAUCAGGGGAUUCAUCGGACGUAGCGCGCGGUGCAUGGCCUGCAACAACCCGAUGAGGCGGACGACGAGCCUGACGGAGUUUGCGCCGCCGUCCGUGCUGGCGGUGGUGCUGGAGGACGAGGACGAGGACGAGCAGGUCGAGGCGACGGUGGACCAGGCCGACGGGGGCCAGGACUGGCUCGCGGCGUUCGGGGGCGGCGACGGCGGCAGCAGCGGCGCGGCGGUUGGACCACCCAGCCGGGACUGGAUCGCGGCGUACCGCGCGCGCGCGGCCCCGGCGCGGGCGGGGCUCCGCCGGAACUCCGCCGACUACUCCAAGGUCGAGACCGCCGCCUUCCUCCGGCACUGCGGCCUCUGCCGCCGCCUCCUCGGCCCCGGCCGCGACACCUUCAUGUACAAGGGCGAGGCGGCGUUCUGCAGCCUGGAGUGCCGGCAGCAGCACAUCACGCACGAGGAGUGGAAGGACAAGUGCACGACCAGAUCUUCGGCGGCGCCGCCGGCCAGCCGCGGAGGCCGCUCCAGCAAGACCGACAACGGCGGCACGGUGGCGGCGGCGUGACCAUUGACGACGAGAAGGUGCAGCGCGCG